AUCACAAAAUGCCAUUUGGUUUGCUUUAAAAAUCAGAGUUUCAAGAAUAUUAUUUACCAUGAGAUCCAAGUCUUGUGUGACCACACAUUUCUCUUAGCACUUUCAUAAGUACUCCUCUCAAAUUUCUCCCAUGUUAACAAGUCCAACAUUUACUACCUUAUAGAAUAGUUGGAUGAUAAAAAUUGCAUUAGAGUCUGUUACUUUGGAACUUCAAAUAACUCUUCAUGCCUCUCUCCAUACUAACUAUCUUCUUUAAUUUCUCUAUCAUUUUUGUGUAAUUGAUUCCAGAUAUUUAAACUCCAUCUUUGACCAAUUUUACUUAUGUUCAUAUCACCCAUUUCUUGCUAAAAUUGCAAUAAUGCAUUUAUCGUCUUGCUCUUAAGCAAAACCCCCCUUGUUUCCUCAAAGUCGAUCUUCCAAGUCAUUUUAUAGUGCAUAGUAUGUACUGUUCAUAGAUUUUCUACAGGAUUAUCGCUGCCAUGAAGGGAAUUCUCCGUGAGCCUGACAAGAAGAAAAAAUUCCCUGGCCAUUUGGUCAUUGACAGACCUGCGCUUCAAAGGCAAAACCAGGAGAUGAGAAAUGCAGUAUCAACAUCUCAUUGCUCUCAGCCCAAUACAAUAGAGUACCCGAUGUCUAUUGAAUGGUUACUGCAUUAUGCUAAGUUUAAUGCAUGUUGGAAUGCACUAUAUCAGGUGCAGCAUUGUGAAGAAUUAUUUCCUGCGUAUCGCCAAUGCAUCGCAUACUAUCUUAUACGCCUAUUCCUGUGGCUGCUUUCACAUAUUUUCUUUGCCUUGCAGCGACAAAUGAAGGAGAUACAAGAAGUGAAGAGCAAGCUUAAAAUGGACAGGAAUUUUUCUGACUAGUCAUUCUCAAAUCGUACUCCGAAAGAAUUUUGCUUUCCAACUUUUUUGUUAAUCAAUAGCAAUCUAACCCAAUUUUUAGGGGCCUGUUUAGGUUCUGUUUCCUCAUAUACAAGGAGAAUUGUAGUUAGGAUGGAUGCAUCUUCUCGACUUCUCCACCUGUUUUGUUCGCACCAGGGACCAACCUUUGUGGCUUCCACUCCAAUGUCUCAACUGGUGUCAAGUUUUGUGCUCACUGUAUACAUUGUAUUUUGAACAACUUUGUGUGAAUACAUGCAGAAUUUUCUUAA